AUGCCAAUGACAAAUUCACACAAGCGAAACAAAAGUCCACCAAAAUCAACAACACAACGCCAACACAAAUUCACACAAGCAAAACAAACGAAACAAAAUCGACAACAUGACGCCAAUGACAAAUUCACAAGUGAAACAAAGUCUACCGAAAUUGAUGAUAUCAUGCCAAUAAAGAUUAGCUCGGCUCCAGAAAUGACAACUCCAAAAGACAACAACUCCAAAAGAUGA